CUGGCCUUCGGGCCGGUGCCCGGGCCUUUGGGCCCGCGGCAGCGGUGUGGCGCGGUCUUCGGGGGUUCCUGAAGUGAAGGCCUCCCCGGCGACGGCUGCUGUUGGGCUUUUCCGCCGCAGCCUGUCACUGGAGCUCUGGAGCGGUCGCGUCGAAGCAGAAAUGCAGCCGCCCCCACCUGGCUGGAGCCUGUUCUGGCUCGGCCUGGUCCUGGGCUCCAUCUGCACCGCCCUCCAGUCCGCGACGCAAGCUAACUCGGCCACAGAUGCUCUGAAUGUCCUUCUUAUCAUUGUGGAUGACCUGCGUCCCUCUCUGGGCUGUUAUGGGGAUAAGCUAGUGAGGUCCCCAAACAUCGACCAGCUGGCAUCCCACAGCCUCCUCUUCCAGAAUGCCUUUGCCCAGCAAGCAGUGUGUGCCCCGAGCCGCGUGUCCUUCCUCACCGGGAGGAGACCUGACACCACCCGUCUGUAUGACUUCAACUCCUACUGGAGGGUGCACUCUGGAAACUUCUCCACCAUCCCCCAGUACUUCAAGGAGAAUGGCUACGUGACCAUGUCGGUGGGAAAAGUCUUUCACCCGGGUAUAUCUUCUAAUCAUAGUGAUGAUUCUCCAUAUAGCUGGUCCUUCCCUCCUUAUCAUCCCUCCUCCGAGAAGUACGAGAACACUAAGACAUGUCGGGGGCUGGAUGGAGAACUUCAUGCCAACCUGCUUUGCCCUGUGGAUGUGGUGGAUGUGCCAGAGGGCACCUUGCCUGACAAACAGAGCACUGAACAAGCCAUACAAUUGCUGGAAAAGAUGAAAAUGUCAUCCAGUCCUUUCUUCCUGGCCGUUGGCUAUCAUAAGCCUCACAUCCCCUUCAGAUACCCCAAGGAAUUCCAGAAGCUGUAUCCCUUGGAGAACAUCACCCUGGCUCCUGAUCCCCAGGUCCCUGACAGGCUACCCUCUGUGGCCUACAACCCCUGGAUGGACAUCAGGCAGCGUGAGGACGUCCAGGCCUUAAACAUAAGUGUGCCCUAUGGUCCAAUUCCUGUGGACUUUCAGCGGAAAAUCCGCCAGAGCUACUUUGCCUCUGUUUCCUAUUUGGACACACAGGUGGGUCACCUUUUGAGUGCUUUGGAUGAUCUUCAACUGGCCAAUAACACGAUCAUUGUGUUUACCUCAGAUCAUGGGUGGGCUCUAGGUGAACACGGAGAAUGGGCCAAGUACAGCAAUUUUGAUGUCACCACUCGUGUGCCCCUGAUGUUCUAUGUUCCUGGAAAGACGGCUUCAUUUCUGGAGGCAGGAGAGAAGCUUUUUCCUUACUGUGACCCUUUUGAUUGCGUCUCAGAGUUGAUGGAGCCAGGCAGGCAAUCCAUGGACCUCGUGGAACUUGUGUCUCUGUUCCCCACGCUGGCUGGACUUGCAGGACUCCAAGUUCCACCUCGCUGUCCCAUUCCUUCAUUUCAGGUUAUGCUGUGUAGAGAAGGUCGGAGCCUUCUGAAGUAUUUUCAGCUCCAUGACAUGGAAGAGGAUCCAUACCUCGAUGGUAAUCCCCGUGAGUUGAUUGCCUACAGCCAGUACCCCCGGCCAGCAGACUUCCCCCAGUGGAAUUCCGACAAGCCGAGUUUAAAAGACAUAAAGAUCAUGGGCUAUUCCAUUCGCACCAUAGACUAUAGAUAUACCGUGUGGGUUGGUUUCAAUCCUGAUGAAUUUUUGGCUAACUUUUCUGACAUCCAUGCAGGGGAACUGUAUUUUGUGGAUUCCGACCCAUUGCAGGAUCACAAUAUGUAUAAUGAUUCCCAAGGCAGAGAAAUUUCCCGAUCACUGAUCCCUUGAGUUUUGUUAACCACAGAGAGCAAACAAAAUGUGCUCCCUUCCAGUUAGCGCUCGUUAGAGCUCGUUAUUUUGUGAUUACCCACAAUAAUGUAAGCAACCUGAGGGAUAGGUAAUCCAAACAGACCUUAACAAUUUGGUCUAAGAAUAUGUAACAGGCCAACCUUUUCAUUUUGUCUCCAUUAAUUUAUAAUUGGUAAUUGGACUAGGCCUGGGCUGAACCUUUUUGUUUCCUUUUUAAAAAAGUCAUAGCUUAUUUAGUGAGUGAAUAAGUACAAAGUGAAUAAAAUAAAAUUAUAUCGUACCUUUGGAUAUCAGAACCAUAGUAAGCAAACAUAACAUACUCAAGAAAGACUUUAAUUAUUUGUGGUAUUUAGUGUGUUUUGAAAAGUAACCAUAUGUGAAAUUGAGUUCCAAGCUGAGUUCUGUAUAAUUUUGUUCAUAAUUUAAUUAUAUAUCUUAUGUAACCCAAUGUAUUCAAAAUAUUAUGUCAACAUGUAAUCCACAUUUCUUUUUCAAAUAUAGAGUUAAAAAAUAAUGCUAGAAGCCAAUGUCAUAAAGUCUAUUUCCUAUUUUUGUUUCUAAGAAAAUAGGAUUUCAAAAUCCAAAGAUAAAAUAUGCAUGAAGUAAUUAAUGUGGAAUUUUUACAUCAAAAAAUAAUGUUCAGUAAACUAGAGGCAUGAGAUGUAUGGGAAAUUGGAUUAAAAUUGUUUAGAUACUUUCUCAUCUAAAUAAUUUGUUAGCAAAUAAUAUGACCCUUGAACUCAAAACCAUCUGUUAAAAGAUUUAUUCACGAUGAAAAUGUUUAAAGGGGUAACUGUACCCAUAGAUUGAGUCAUUCAAAAUCAUGUUAGUGUUCUUUACCAUGGUUGGUUGCAGACCUCUAUUUGUCAAAGAGGCAGAAAACAUUGUACUUUUAAUUGGAUACUAAGGAAAACAUUAAUUUUAUUUUGAGGAUUAUGAACUUUUGAAUAGUGUAAAAUUAGGUAAUUGUCAGUCCCCACUUAUUUAAUUCUGUUUCCUUAAUAUGAAACUAUCCAUAAAGGCGAGUGGUCAUCCUAAGUUUAGUAUGUAUCUUAAAAGAGAUGGAAUAUUUACAACUCAUAACAUGUUGAAACUGGUAAAUUCAUAAGUAGUCAUAAGAAAAGUGACCAGCUUUCUAAAUAAAUAAUAAUGUAGUCCUGUACUGAAAUGAGUAUUUUUCAGUCAUUUUCUUUUUAUAAAUGCUUCAGUGUUUCAAGGUAAAUGUUUGUGAAACAAACUAAAGCAAAUUAGGUUAAGUUACUAUAGUGUACUAAAUUAUAACCAAAAAUGACAAGAUAUUAUACUAAAAUCAGUAAUAUAUUUAAAGAGGUUUUUUGGGUACUGCUUUGUUUAUGUUAGAGAUAUAUAAGAAGUUAAAUGACUAACUGUUCUGGCAGCAACCAUGUUCACUUCAGUGAAGGGCCCUAAUCAUCUCUCCUACUCCUGAAGCCUGUCUCUCGUCAGGAAACCUCAGCUUUUGUAAAUGGUUUCCCUUAGCUUUUUCUUUCUCAUUCUUCAUCCUCUCUAUUGCCCUCAUCACAUCCACUGUGGUUUCUACAGUACAGUCUGUAAAUUCCUCGUGACAUAUUUCAGUGUAUUUGGCCUUAUUCCCUACUCCACAGUUAGAAGUUUUAGCCUGGGAUUUUAUUUCAUGCCCAUUUGUUGCUCCUGGUUAGCUACAAUGUAUGUGCUUUAUCAUUUUUGCCUCGCUUUGUUUCUGGAAGCAUAGUUUUAGUGUCACAAAUCUUUAGAUUCUUCUCCUGAUGAAGUUGUAAGCUGAACGGUGCCUGAAAAGUGACAAGCAUCUCCGCUGUGCAGCUGCCACGUUGGCCGUAAGUCUAUGGUGCUUUCUCUGGCUGCAGUUUCUUAUUCAUCUGUGUGACUGAAGCUGCAUCCAGGAGUGGGUCUACAUGGGCUGCUCUUGUGUGUUGCUUUGUCUCCACUGAAGUGCUUCUCUCUCCGUUCUAUGUGAGGGCACAGCCCCAGAAUGCUUGUGAGCUAUCCUUAAAUUUAGUUUUUCUUGGCCAUCUUUUAGAAAUAAAGGCUGUAUUUCCCAUUUGGUGGAAUGUUCUUCAAAUCAUCAUAUAAGUUAUGGUUGCUUUUUGCGUUUUUGUCACUGAACACAAUUUAGAGCCACUUUCUGUUUACUUUUGCACAUCUCCAACACACAUGGGGAUGAGAAGUCACUUCCUGGUUUUCAGAUACUGAAGCUAACCAAAUUGCUUCCCUUGACUCAGCUUAGAGAAACCACAUCUUCGUUGCUUCAUAUAACCUUUCCUCAUCCUGCUGAGCUAGACAUACCUGGUCAGUGGUUCUCCAGUCACCAUAUCUGUACAAAUCUCCACUUCACUUGCGCAGGGGCUCUUUAUAUGGUUUAGUUGAAGGCAGAAGUAGUGAUCCCAGACAUUUUGAAUGGUCCUAGUUCAUUGGCUCACAAACACAAGGGAGCAUCAGAACAACCCAUAGGGCUCGAUAAAACCCAGUGGGCUGGGGCCUCCCCGCAGAGAUCCUGAUUCAGUGGGUCUGGGGUGGGGCCUGAGAUUGGUAUUACUUCAAGCUGCACGAUGACACUGCUGGUCCAGAGACUAUGCUUUGAGAACCACUGUCCUACAUCUGUGUUGGCUACUCAGUAGCCACUAGGCACAUGCAUCUAUUUUAAUUUACUAAAAUGAAAUAAAAAUUUAAAAAGAUUCUCAGUCACACUCAUUAUGUUUCAAGUGCUCAGUAGCCACAGUCUAGACAAUUUCCACCACGACAGAAAUCUGGACUGGACAGAGCUGCCUAGAUUAUCUCUGGAUUUGACCUGAAUCUGCUGGCUGUUGACAAGCUGCUCCAGUGAGCUGUUUCUCUACCCUGCAUUUGCCCACUGAGACUUCCAGAAGUGAGCAAAGUAUGUUUGGUAGGGAGGUCACUAUGUCAGUCGGCCCCUUCCUCUUCACUCCCAUCAUCAUUGCCUCAGUCCUUCUCCCUGACUUCCCAAGUGGUUUACCUACCCUUCCUCUUUCCUCCCUUGUCCCUAAAGGAAUCCACGUGUCUUCCUAAAGUCCCUCUUUGAUCCUGCCCUUUGAGAACACCGUCAGUGCCUACUACUGGGUCUAGAUAGACCUCCGCUGAGCAGUCAGAGUCUUCCCUGACUCCACAAUGCCCCUUUCCUCGGCUGACCAGUUUGCAUACUGGUCCCUGACUCUUCCUUGCCAAUCCUUGCCUCCCCACCCCUUUUAGGUUGCCCUCUUCCUCUCUUCACCCACCCAUUCAUGAUCAUUCUUCACUACCUGGCUUUCAUGCCCACCCCCCACCCCCGGAGGCUGAGAGUUUUGUGACUCUCUAAACUGUAUAAUGGGAGGAAAUGAACAUUGCUAAAGAAUCUUGUGUUCACCUUACUUAAAAAAGAUAUUUUUUCUGAUUAUAAAAUUGUGUCAAUUACAAAAAUAAUUGGAAAACAGAUAUAUAGCACAAAUACAUGAAUAUUUUAUCCUGAGAUAGCACUUAAUAUCUUGUCUUUUUGGGGGUGUGAGAUCAUACUGUAUUCUUUGUUAUGCAAUUUAUGUUCUUUUUAACUAAGUAUUAUGUAUGGUUAUAGCAGAUUUUUGCAAAGAUACUUUAUAUUUGUGGUAAUAUAUUGCAUAGUUUUGCAAAAAUUUACUUAACCUUUUAAUUGUUGGACAUUUAGUUUAUUUCCAGAUUUUCAAUAUUGUAAAUCAUGCUGUAAUCAUCAACUUUGUGAAUAAAAUGUUUUUAUGUAUUUCAAAUUAUUCCCUUAGGAUAGUUUCUCAGUGCUGAGUUGUCAAAAACAUCUCCAUUUCACUCUUCUUCCCACUCUCUUGCUACCUUAGGGUAGUAAAGUAAAAAAAAAAACAAAAAACAGGUAUACAAAUAAAAACUAUAAAACCAAAAAUAUCCCUAUG